AUGGACAAGCCCGACAAGACUGACACCAAUGCGACAGUCCUCCAUGAAUCUGAUGGCAAGCUCAACUUGGACAAGAACAACCACGAUGCUGUCGAAGCUGUUUCACAACCAGGCAUUUUGCCUUCCAUGGAAUCCACAAAGGAGCCCAUCGAACACAACGUUUUUUCCAGUGAGCCCAAGCUCUGCGGGCCUACAUCUUUUCCUGCGACAACUGAGGAGUUGCCGAAGAUUGUCAAGAAGGUGCACUUCGACGAUGCGCAUCAGCCUGCCUCUUUGGAAGCAGCAUCCAACAACGUUGAAGAGCCCUCCAACAAGGAUGAGAAAGACUCCCUGGACAUCCACUACAAGGAGUCUGACUUUCCCAUCUACACCGAGGACAUGCUUCCUGAUGGAGCAGACCAUGUCAAGCUGAAGAAGCGCUACAAGGCGAUCAAAGAGGAGUUCUACACUCAAAGUGGUCACCGACCAGUGACACCCUCCAACUUUCGCAGUUGGAUGAACAAGUCCAAGGGCAGAAACAAGAGAUGGCACUUCUGGGAAAUCUUCAGUGGCUCAGGCAGACUCUCCCUGACGCUUUUGCUUUCAGGCUUAGCAGUUGGACCUCCAAUUGACAUGAAGUAUGGCUGGGACGUCAACAACACUUCUCAUCAAGCCAUGCUUCUAGAAGCCCAACGAGAGUUCAAGCCUGGCACUAUCCACUAUGCACCAGACUGUGAUCCAGCACUACGACAUCAAGAUCGUCUUCAUGAUCUUCCAGCUCUGAACUUUGUCCAGAACAGCUGUGAAGAACAAUCCCGAGAAGGACGUGGCUACACUGUGGAGCAGCCCUAUGGCAGUGCCAUGAUGGAUGAAGGCUUGCGCCUUGACCGCAUCCCUGACUGCAAGAAGAAACAACGAGUUGAUCAAUGCAUGCAUGGUGCAGUCAGCGAACUUGGUGAUCCUGUCCAGAAGGCAACAGCCCUGAUUGGCAACAUCAAGUACAACAAGACAGCUUUGAGGUGCAGUGGUCAUCAAGGUCAACCACAUGCUCAUCUACAAGGGCAGACUGGUGGUCACAAUCGCACCACUCUUGCUGCAGUGUAUCCGAAACAGAUGUGCCAACGAAUGCGGCAGGACAUCAUCAAGUACCUCCACAACCGCGACCUCAUGCGGGUGAAGACCGAGAACUUCUAUGAGUGCGUUCGCUGUACCUUGGGACGCUUUUGCCCAAAAGGAAUUGACCACACUAUGAUUCCUGGACAAUGUCGACAUGGACGCUAUGCAGCUGGGACCAAUCCAAAGUUGAAGUCAACGUCAUCUGCGGCUGACCCCAUCACUGACUGGAAGAAGGCGGCAGACCGCGAAGCUUUGGAUGUUGUCCAACUCGACAACGAGCUUGACAAGGAGUUCAACGUCAAGGAGUCCCACUAUCUGAAGAAGCUGCUCAUUGAAUCAGUGAACAACGCUCUUGGCCUGUUCACAGAAGCCUCCAGCCGCAAGAUCGACUACACCCACUGGAUCGACAAUCCUGUGGCGAUUGCUUUGUUCAAGGAACUAUUCAAAGAAGUCAUGCAGGUGAAAGCCAUCAAGGUUUUGCUGCGACCCUUCAGAAAAUCCUCAGCUGAACCACACCUUUCUAUGGCUUCUGGCUACCUGCGGCUGUUCAUCAUUGGCGAUGUGAAGCACUGGAAAGUUCUGAAGAUUGAAGACAUGAGAGAGCUCAGCUUCAGCCAGAUCAACGAGGCGAUAGAUGAGGAUGACUGGGUUCUGGUCUUGUAUGGUGUCGAACUUGAUUCAGUACCAGCACCAUCGACACCCGCUGCACGAUCCAGAUCUAUCCCAGCUCAGCCUGCACUACCACCUCGACGAGAUGAUGCAGCACUUGUUCCAGCGGAACCACAACCUCAAAUCCAAGAACGACCUGAUGAUGAACGAGAAGAAGAAGCUCUGGCAAUUCCAGCAUAUGAAGAGUUUGAGGCACAUGGACGAGCUGCACUAGCUCCAGUCAAGCCCAACUACAACUUGCGGCGAGUUCUUGAACGACUUCCCAAGCUGGUGGAUUCUGGUGACGUGACCACAGCCAAGAGACUGUUGGUCGGCCUUCAUGAACGACUUUGGCACACACCGGCAGGUGCAACCAUCUUCAACGAGACGGUUCAGUUCGACUUGUUCCACCUGGACGACGUCACAUACAUGAGCCUGCUGGAUGAAGCUACUCGCUUCAAGACCUGCUCAGUUCCUGAAGGACAAGAUGCACAACAGUUGCUGGCCUCUAUGCUUCAGAACUGGAUUCAGUUCUUUGGUCCACCUGCUCGACUUAUACUGGACCAACAAGCCUCUCUGAUGUCACAUGAAGCUGGAGGUGAAUUCGAACGGAUGAACAUCGCUCGAUGUCCCAGAGGAACGACUCAAGGACAAGAACCAGCUGAACUUGGAAUGGAAAGCGCUAUGGCGCACAACCAGACGAUCAACUAUGGAGGUGCCACACCAAGCAUGAGCGUCUUUGGCAUCCUUCCACGUGGGUUCUACAACCCUGAGACUCCAGGUCUUCUUUCCACUUUUGGCUCCAUGCAGAAGGACGUGACGGUGUUCGAACGCGCUAUGCGCAUCAGGCAGACUGCCUUGGCCCAGACACAUCAAGCGAUCAUUGAAGAUCGUGUCGCAAGAGCCAACCGACAUCGUCCUCACCAGCUGGAGACUGACAAGCUCACCGCUGGAGUGUCUGAAGUGGAGUACUACAGAGAAGUUGCAGGAGAUCCUGGAUGGCGUGGCCCAGCACUUUUACUACGACUUGAUCAAGAUGAAGGUGUUGCUGUGAUCCAGUACCAGGGCAAGCCCUACUUGGUUUCCUUGAGACACAUCAGGCCCUACCUUGGCAUGUUCCACUUUGAGAUGGUCAACGAACCUGUGGAGAACGAGCUCAACAACCUGAUGAAGUACGUGGAACACCUCUGCGAGUACAAGGCCUAUGUCAUUGGAUGGAUCCAGAAGAAGAACGGCACUUGGGCCAAGACUCCAAAGGAGACACCAGCUAUCACCAAGGCGAUGGAAUGGGCAGACAAGAUCUCCAAAGCCAUGACCAAGAAGCCAUUGCAUGGCAUCAUCAUGGGACGAGCUCUGAAAACCUUCAAACCUCCCAACAACACGACUGGCAAGAUGGUGACAUGGAUUCAAGGUGGCAAGAACUACUCCGUACAGGAGCACUUGAACGCGAACCACCUGAGAAUGAAGAAAAUCUCCAACUACACCAGGGAGGACCUCUGUAUCAUCUACUUCUACUACUACAACCUGGACAUCAAGGAGGAGAUCACCUACGACCCAAAGUCCAAGGAGAAGCCUGCGAAUGACCAAAAGCCAAACGGCGAUGGUUCAGAGGAGAUGGACACAGAGAACGUUCCAAAGAAACGAGAUGAGCCAGAAGAUCCAAGACUACAAGAAUCUGAGAAGAAGAAGCAGAAGGUUGCGAUGGUGAAGAAGGACAUCAAGAAGGUGGCGAUUCUGCAGAAGGACAUCGAGUUCCUACGGAGCUUCUACACCAUCAACGCCAACACCAAGAUCAUCCUGGACUUCCCACUGGAAUGGAAGAUUGGCUACAGCAUCAUGCUGCCCACGGUCAAGAACUUCCUGACCCAAGAGUAUCAACAUCGUCAACGACAAUGUGGACAUCUCUUCACCUUGGCCUACAAGACAUCCGGCGAUGCAACAGCAUGCCUGAGAACCGCUCAGAUCUUCAAGGUCGACGAGGAGACCAACAACAUCAAUGAAGGUGACAUCACACCUGAUCUAUGGCAUUUGGUGGAUUCAGCCGAUCGAGCUGAAGUCAAGCAGUUUGUGGAGGAGAAAGCAUUCAAGAAGAUGCACAAGAGCAAGUUCACGGCCGAGAUGGUCAUCAUAGAUGCCAGAUGGGUUCGGAAGUGGAAAAGAUACCCAAAUGGCGAGUUGAAGGUGAAAUCAAGACUUUGUGCAAGAGGAUGCUUCGACUCCCAGAAAGACCUCUUGACGACGAGAUCUACCACUGCCACAAGAUUGAGCCAACGACUUCUUUUGAGUCAUGCUGCACGAAAGCGCAGCCGAAGACUCGAGUCCAUCGACAUUGCUGGCGCCUUCCUGAAAGGUUUUUCUUUCUCCGAGAUUCAACGAGCUCUACGUGAAGCUGGAGUUGAUGCACCAAGCCGAGUGGUGGUACUUCUACCUCCCUUGAACGUCUUUCGUCACUUGAGUGACCUGAGCCCUGACUUCAAGGGGAUGACAGACCUCCAAGCUAUGGAGUACGGCUUACUCUGCGUCAAGCCGGUCUAUGGGUUGAAUGUGACCAGACAGACCUUACCAUUUGUUCACUGUGGCUGCAAGUAUGAGAAAACGCCCACAGGCUACAAGGUCAGCCAACAAGAGUUUGCCAGCAAACUCCGACCUGUUCCAGUACCAGAACGAGAAGACACUUCAAAGCUGACCAAAGAAGAAGUAUCAACCUUUCGCUCAAUUCUUGGAGCACUUUUGUGGUUGACUGCCACACGCCUUGACAUCAUUGCAGAUGUAUCAGUUCUUCAAGCGAAGGUGACAGUGGCUGAGAUUCAACACCUCAAGCAAGCCAAUGACAUCCUGAUCAAAGUGGCGGAGUACAUCGAGGUUGGACUCCACUACAGGAUGAUGGAAGCCAAGCACAUCAGACUGGUGUGUAUUCAUGAUGCUUCCUCUGCUGCUCAAGGACGAAGCUAUGCUCAAGAAGGUUUGCUGAUUGGUAUCAUGGAAGACAAGUUCCACGACGUCACUCUGGAAGCUGAGACGGAAUUCCAAGAUGGAGAAGGCGAACAUGGAGUGGAGAACCAUGGUGGAAUCUUCCACAUUCUUCAUGCCAGUGGUUCCAAGGCGAAAAGAAUUUCCUACAGCACUUCACAUGCUGAAACCUUGUCUAUGGUUGGUGGAAUGGAAGCCUCAACUAUGAUCAUGGUUAGACUGGCCGAACUACACCAUCCUGCGAAAGCUCCCACGAUCAAGCAGCUUGUGCAGAUUCAAGAAGCUGGCGAUCCUAAGAUCCCAAUGGACUUUUAUGGAGAUUGCCGAGAUCUAUUUGAACUCAUCACUGGACGACGAACGCUGCCUCAAGACAAAUCGCAGCGCUUGUAUGUUUUGAGUUUGAAAGAAUCGAGAGUGGUGACGAGAAUUCUCCCAGCACUGGAAGAAUACACAGAGCACGACCUUCACAAGUCCGAUGAGGAGCUGAUGGACGACGUUGUCAAGGGCAUCAAGCAGCCGAAAAUCAGUCAUGGAGCUGUUUUGCUGAGUUUGUUUUCACGAAGCAUGUUACCAAUGCUGGUGGCAACGUGUGCGAGUGGUGCAACGGCUCAAGAGUUUGACGAGACCUAUGUCCCUGACUCCAAUGCAGUUGCGAAGAACAACAGCAUCCCGAACUAUGCCAACUACUUCGGGGUCUACAUCUCCAUCUUCCUCACCGUGAUCCUCGCCGUGAACAUGGACAAGAUUCUGAAGUAUGUGACCUACAAGGUGACGAAGAAUCUCUACAGGCCUUUGCAGGCCGUGAAGGAGGAAGACACGACAGAAGCGAUGGAUGUGGACGAAGAAGGCGAUCCCGACAUGAUGGCGAAUCGCAUUGCUGCACUCAAGCGGAAGGUCAUGGAUGUGAACGCAGCCAAUCGUGCUGCCAAGAAGAAGAUCCAAGAUCAACAAGGAGAACUGGAUGAACUCAGAGAUGAUCUACGCGAAGCCAAGACGGAGAUCACAUCAUGGAUAGACUGCGCCGACAACUAUAGCGCCAAGACCAACAUGUGCCUGGCGGAUUCGGCGAGCUACAAGAGAGAUCUCCAAGAGCUCAAGACCGAGCACAAGGAGCUGAAAGACAGGUAUGACCAGGCCCAAAAUGACAUCAACACCCUGGAAGAGCAGGUGAGACGUCAACGUGAAAGAGGAGAUCAACUUUGUGACAAGGUGGAUGAUAUACAAGGUGCGCUGCAGCACUCCAAGAAUGCCAACGCGAUGGCUGCACAAGCCAAUGCCAGCAAGGACGCGAAGAUUGCCGAGCUGACAGCUGCGCUGCAAACUGCGAAGCAACAGGCUCAGACAGUCAGACCAAGCCGUGCUGCCGACCAGAACGAGGUGGCCAAGCUCACGCAGAAGAUCACCGACCUGACCAAGAAGAAUGAGGACUUGGACAGGGAGAAGAACGUCCUGAAGGCGACCUGCGAGCAGCGCGCCCGUGAGAUCCUCGGCCUAAGAGAGGCCAAUAGGGAGGCAAAAGCCCCUCCAACUGUGCAUAUCACGCGAGGUGGGUCAUGCUACCAUAGCGACGGUUGCAACCACCUGAGCCAUGCCGGUCAGCCAAGAGCUGUAGUGGAGUUGCGCAAAUGCCGCGACUGCUGGCCGUGA